AUGGGUAAAAAAAAGGCCACUUCCUCGUCAGGCGAGGAAAAACCUGACCUCUGCAGUAUACAGAGCAUUUCCCAAGACUCGAUAACGUCAACCCUUCGCGAACGUUAUCAGAGGGACACCAUAUACACUC